AUGGAGAAUAUUCAGCAUGUAAAUCUGGAUCCGAAUUUGGAGAACCCUAUAAUCGAGAUCCUCAAUCGAUCCAUGGAGGAGUGGCUAGAGAAGGAAGACCUGAUAGCUCUGUAUCAGCGACAUGCCGUUCAGCAAUUCCCCAUAUCCGAAGAAACCCCAGGCCCAGCGCCGUUUGUUGAAGGUUUGUUCAUCUACGAUGAAGAUUUCUACGUUGAUGAUUACCCUUGGCGCGAUGUUAAUCAAGUGCGCAGGCGUAAUUGCGUUUCGCGGAAGUUGGGCAACUCCACUUAUCCCAGAAUUGGGUAUACAGAGGCCAUCCUUACGUUGACUCCUGUUACAGAGUUCCAGAGAAGAACUCAUCACGCCAAAAUUGAUGCAAAUCAGAAUCAUCCGGGGCUUGCCAUGGUGCAUUAUAGGGUCGUUGAUGUACCUCCUCAAGUGGUAAACCAAAACGAAGUUGCUAAUGAUCAAAACGACGAUGAAGAGAAUCACGGUGGUCAUGUGGCGGACGACUUGAAUGCCAAUGAAGAAGUCGGUAACCAAGCAGAGGGUGAAUCAGACUUGGAGGAAGAGGACGAUCUGGUUGGAGAUCCAGAUUAUAACCCCCUAGAUGAUCAGGAUGCGGCCGAUUCUAGCUCUACAGAGCCACUGCUCAAGGAUUGGACUUCGACUGGAGCCAUCUCCUCUGAUACGUAUGAUGUGUUCCCUGCUGAGGCUACGAGCGUUGGAAACCUGCAACAGGUUCAUGAAAUGGCUACGGCUAUAGAGGAUGCCCAAGUGAAGCGAGUUCCAAGCUUGAAACUGCUCGAGGAGGGUUGGAGGAAAGAACUGAUGGCGGUGGCUUCAAGUUCUCGAGUAUCCUCAACACCAGGCAAAGAACUUGUGGUGACGAAACCUUACAAUUCAAGAAAGGGAUGUGACUUACUUAAGAGCCUUGGCAAACCCAACGAAGUCACCCAUGUAGAUUUUGAAAGAGGUUAUGCUUUUGUGUAUGCUGAAGACGAGCGUGAUGCUGAAGAUGCAAUCCGUGGGAAAGAAGGAAAGGCAUCAAUUGAAUGGGCCAAGGGUGAGCUUGGGAAGCCUCGUGAUGGAAAGGGAGCCUCGAAUCGGAGGCCUACUAAGACACUGUUCGUCAUCAACUUUGACACAAAAGAGCGUAGACACUUCGACUCGUAUGGUAAAGUUCUCAACGUCCGCAUCAGUCGCAACUUUGCAUUUGUUCAAUCUGCGAACGAGGAAGAUGCACACAAAACAGCCGGUCUCCUGUUCGUAGAGCAAUAG